CACGUGUUCUGAGUGUGUAAUGGUUAACCCGGUCUUAGUGGGAAUGUCCUGAACCGGUUUUUAAACAAAUAAAUACAUAAAUCAAAUUAAAAUAUCAUAGGGGAUACUGUCUCUAUUAUCUAGUGUGUAUAUAGGUAGCCAACUGGCUGUGUGAACUUCGUCCAGGUGAAAAUCCCAAAACAGUCAGGUAGGCAGACCGAUGCCUAGACAGCCCGCUGCACCGUGGCGAGCAAAGCCGCCGAUUACACUUUUUUGUCCGUGAUCUUUAGCCUUGUUAGCCACGCGGCUAACGGGGCCCUACAGCUUGGGAUGGACGCAUCGCUCUCCUUCCUGCGUAGUUAGCUGGCUAAAAUCUGCGCUCUUAUGCGAAUGUGAGUUUGCAGGGAGUUUGAGCACAUGCGUUCACUGGUAGCCUGCUAGCCAGCUAUCUUAGCUGUAUGAAGGAAUGUCACCGCUAGCUGGCUAGGCUAACUAACAACUGGGGCGAUCUUUCCGGUUUUGCUGUUUCCUCUUAAACUUACACCAAACCCAUGAAAGAGGGGAUCGGCCUCUUUGCAGUAUAGCAAAGUAACUCACACACCUAACACAUGAACGCCAAGCUGUACGCUGCAGAUCUGACAACGUUUUGGUGCAAAAAUGACGAAUGACAAUGCUGUCAACUGGGACCAGUGUUCAAUCAUUUCCAAGUACUGAGAAUGAACAAAGGUUAACAUUUUCUCUCAGAUGUCCACCCACAAUGACAGCUUGUAGCAUUUUAACUAACUUUUCAGUUCUGCGUGAUGCCUCUUUUACAGUGCCUUUUGUUCAUUCUUAACGCUGUGACUGUUGGGCGUAAAACCUGAACACCGAAGAAGGAAUGUUCUGUCCAGCAGCAGAGUGACUUCAGUCUUCAGUUUGCGUGGUCUUUAUAAGGUUGUCGUAUUUCUGAUGACUUUGUAAAGUUGUGUUGUUGGUGAAAUACGUCGCCGCUGCAGUAACUGCCGUGUGCUUCACGCUUUGUGAAAGUGAGUAAACCGCACCGGGCAGAUUAACGCUUCAGAGGACACUGCAGAGACAUGGUGGACACGAUGGCAGCAGGAGAUGAUGUCAAACAGGACAAGGAGGCGCUGAAGGAGGCCGGGAAGCCCGAGGACACGGAGAAGGCCGCUGCGGCCGCCGGGGGCAAGGAGCCCGGCGCCUGGCAGUGGUCCAUCAUCCUGCUCUGUUUCUACGGCUUCGUGGUGCAGCUGAAACCAGGGGAGCCCUUCAUCACCCCGUUUCUGCUGAGCUCGAAGAACUUCACCAGGACCCAGGUGACCAACGAGGUCACGCCUGUGCUGUCGUACUCGCACAUGGCGGUGCUGGUGCCGGUCUUCCUGCUGACGGACUUCCUGCGCUACAAGCCCAUGCUGGUGCUGCAGAGCCUGAGCAACAUGUCCAUCUGGCUGCUGCUGCUGCUGGGCUCCACCCUGCUGGAGAUGCAGUUUAUGGAGUUCUUCUACGGCAUCAGCAUGGCCACACGGGUGGCCUACUCCUCCUACAUCUUCUCGCUGGUGAAGCCGGAGCUGUACCAGCGCGUGGCCAGUUACUCACGCUCCGCCGUGCUGCUGGGAGUCUUCACCAGCUCCGUGCUGGGCCAGCUGCUCUUCUCGAAGGGCGGGCUGUCCUACGCCACGCUCAGCGCCAUAUCGCUGGGCCUGGUCAGCUUCGGCCUCCUGCUCUCCCUCUGCCUGCCCUGGCCCAAGCGCAGCAUGUUCUUCAACCAGGAGGCGCGGGACAAGGCGCGGGAGGAGGCCGCCACUGACGCCGAGCUGAGCAAGAUGAAGGCGGACGGCACGCCGGCGCCCCCGGCGCCCCCGAAGCCUCGGUCCUCCUGGAGGAACUCUGUGUUUUUCCACAUGCUGAAGGAGCUGAGGACCGUGCCACAGGUGCCCAGUCUGCGGCUCUGGAGCAUGUGGUGGGUGUUCAACUCCACCUGCUACUACCUGGUGGUGUUCUACGUGCACAUCCUGUGGGACAAGGUGUUCCCCGCGGUGGAGAACAAAGUCUACAAUGGGGCCGUGGAAGCGGCGUCUACUCUGCUGGGUGCCUUCACGUCCUUCAUUGCGGGGUUUGUGAAGAUCCGGUGGAGCUUGUGGUCGGAGCUGGUGAUCGGCGUGAACACAGCUCUGCAGGCCGGCCUGCUGUUGCUCAUGGGAACCACUAGCAGCAUCUGGGUCUGCUACGUGGCCUACUCCUUCUUCAGGGGCUUCUACCAGUUCCUGGUGCCCAUCGCCACUUUCCAGAUUGCCUCCUCUCUCUCUAAAGAAAUGUGUGCCUUGGUGUUUGGGGUGAACACCUUCCUGGGAACCAUCCUGAAGACCAUCAUCACUAUCAUUGUGGCAGACAAGAGGGGGCUGGCAUUGUCUGUGCACGCUCAGUUUAUGGUUUACUUUUUCCUCUUCACGCUGCUGACGGUUACUUACCUGGGCUGUGCGGCGUGGGUCAUUGUCAGACACUACCGCAGCCGGGAAGGGGGCAGGGCUACAGAGGAAGCCACUCCCACUGAACUCAGCCCAAUGGACAGAGACCCCUGCGAGACAGACAGUCUGGCCAAUGGGAUCAGUGUCAAAGCCUGAGUGGCACAAAGGUGGGUCAGGCUUUCUGAAAGAAGUAUUAUGUUUUUCGUGGUCUGUUGAGAAAAGCACAGUUUCCAUUAGUAGAAUUAAAAUGGCAGGUUUAAAGAGAUCAGGUGGAGGCCGCAGAUGCUGAUCUAGAUUCAACGCUAGAUUCUCCCUUUGACAUGUUGCCUGAUUAAAGGCAUUUUGUGAAAGGAUGAGAAGAUGGAGGCAGGUCUGGCAACAGGCAAGAUACAGAAAAGCUGAGAAGCCAGUCCUCUACUCGAGGCAGGGUAUUAAACUGCAGUGCUGCUUUAGACAUAAAUGUUAAGUCUACCUACCACUCACCAUUUAGCUGUAAUGUUUUACACAAAUUUUAUUAAUGAAUCUUUUAUACACGUUGAAUCAAAAGAAAUGAACAAUGGUGGAUGAUGUUGUCUAGAGUAUAGCAGAUGUAUCUUCACUUUAUUCAAAUUCGCUGAAAUAGGUGUAAUAUGUUGCUGUUUACCUACAGUUUAGUUGGUAUAUGUACUCACAUGCAAGGAACUUGUUUAAAAUUGGAGAAAUCUCUGAUUGCACAUUUAUACCAUUUUUAACAUUUUCUAAAAUUUUUGGCUGAGUUUGUUUCUGAUGGGUAUAAAAAUGGGUACAAAUUUAAUAGCACAUCACACAAUAAGUUUUACCAUGCAUCCAGUAUAAAAUGGUUCACAGUGUGGAAGAAAUGCAAAAAACAUUUUUCCUCCUGUUAUGGUGAAAUUAGUGUGAAAUGUGUUUAACACAGAUAGGACAUGCCAGCUUUGGAUAAAGUGUCUUUAGUGAAACUAAUGUCAUAGAAAGUCUACUGUUACAGGUUUUAUCUGAACAGUAAGUUGUUUUCAUUUUGCCAUGUAACCAACUAUUAGUCAUCCAGAACUUGAGGGGAUUGAUGUUCUUUUCAGCCAAUCAAUGUGACAUCUGUACGGUCACAUCGUAUUGCUGUAGAAUUAGGAUAUACAGUGGAAGUUCACCUGUAAUCAUAAAUAUAAGUGUUGGAACUUUCAUUGAAACACUUGGAAUUAGUUUCUGAAAUUAGGAACAACCCCAGUGGAACUCUGUGAAACCAUAGAAACCUUAAUUUCCAUAGAAGAAAAACGUUUAAAAAGUUGUUUUUGGACCAUGUGCGUGAAUGUCUAACCUGUAAAUGCUGGAUAAUCAAUCCAGGUGAGAAUGUUUGGGUGAAUGUGUAUUGUUUUGCAAUACUGCUUAUGGGGUUUUUUUAAUACAUACGUUUUUUUAGAAGAGAUUUUAUUUUUAAGAAUUUAAGAAGUCAACUGAUUUUUUUUUCCAAGAUUGUUCCGUAGAACAUUGAGAACCAAACUUUAUAUUGGUUAUACAGUAUUUAGUUUUUUUUUUUUUCAAUGAGGUGUGACAAAUCUAAUGAUUAAGAAAGCUGACAAAUGACAGCAUAGGAGUUUCUUCAGCCUAACAGUGAUGUGUCAUAGCAGUCAUAACAGUACUGCAAAUGGUAUAAUUAGGAGAGAAAUAUAUCUCAUUUGUACUGCAAUACAGUGUAUUCUUCCGAAAUAUAAUUGUUGAUGUUGCUGUGACCUAAUUUGAAAUUUGACAUUGGGUGGUUGUGGGAACAUGGCAGGCUGAUGGGUUCUUGCAGUAUUCUCCCUGAUUACUUACUGUUCCAGUGUCUGAUGUAUAAGCUACACUACACAUGUGUCUGUCUAACAUUUCAGAAGUGAUGGAGUCCUACAUCAAAAGGCAACUCUUCUGCUGCCUUCUCAUUCACUUUUUCAGAGGUUUCUUCAAACACUGCAACCUAUUCAUGACUUUUAAUUGAACUCUAGGGUGUGUGAAUUUUUAAUAAUCUUAUCUGAAUAUUACAUGGCUCUUAUGGUUAUUCUAAUAACCCCCCCCCCCAAGCACUGUAUGAAACUCCAGUUUAAAUUCCGGCUCACAGCAUGAAUGCUGAUGGGGAAAAAAAAAAAAAUUGUAUUCCCUUAUUUUUCUUCAACACAUAUUUCAGUACUGAUAAAAUAACUGAUCACUAAGCCCAUGAUCACUGAGCUGAUUGGAUAAUCAAAUACUUGGUCUCAAACCUGGACUGAAUCUGAGCCUUGCUUUGCUUCUCAGUACAGUGGGACUGUAUGGCUUCUGAAAUGUCAGUGUACAAUGGCAAAAUAGCUGGAAAACACCACUGGCACUUAAAUAGUGAAUAUCAUUGACUGCUGUAUGAAAAUUAGUUGUAAAAAUGUGAAGUGUGUGAUAAUGGAAGAGGAUAUUUUUAUUUAUGCAAUAUUUUGUAUUUCUCUGAGCAUGAUCCAAACCCCAGCUUACUGUAGCUAAGGGGCAGCGGGUGAGGUACGUGUAUGAGUGUUUAAUCAGUGGCUUCACUGGCCUCAGUCGGUGCAGAAAGUAAAUUUUGUACUUGUUACUGCUGUAAAGAAAUAACUGAUUUACAUUUGUACUGAUUUACAAAUAAAAAUUUCAUAAAUGAUUUUCUUUUCCCCAACCGGACAGUAAAAGAAAUUAGACACUUGUCUGAAGAUUGAUA